UUAUUUUGAUAGAAUACUUUAUUGUGUUCUUGGUAGUUGAAUAUCAGAGAGUUUACUCUAUUUUUAUAAUAUAGUUUUAUUUAUUAGUUUAUUCAGUAGCUAUGCAUUUCCAUCUCUGUAUUAGUCAAAUCUUAAGGCUGGGGUUUGCUUUAUUUUUGUCUUGGAGACAUGAACACCUUCAUUUCCAUCACCAUCUUCUUGGUUUUUUACUUGCUCAUGCUCACUGAUUAUGCUUUUUCAUAUCCAUUAUGUACUAAUUUAAGAGCACCCUUUACUCCAAAAACAUCUCUCUCGUUCUGCCAAUACAAUGGAAGUGUAUGCUGUAACUCGACCGACGAUCAGCAGUUGCAGAAGAAAUUUAAAGCUUUGAAGGUCUCUUCUCCAGGUUGUGCUUCUAUUCUGAAAUCAAUAUUAUGCUCGAGAUGUGAUCCAUUUUCAGCAGAAUUGUACAGAGUUGAAUCUGUUCCGCGAGCAGUUCCUGUUCUUUGCAAUUCCACCCUUUCAGCGAACUCAACCCAGUCACCUGUUGCUGCAGUUGAUUUCUGCUCCAAAGUUUGGGACCAGUGUCAGAAUGUUACAAUAUCAAAUUCUCCAUUUGCAUUGCAAGGAAAAGAUGGAAGUGUGGCCAAUUCUUCUUCCAAGCUGACUGAUAUGUGGCAGUCUAAGACUGCUUUCUGCAAUGAAUUCGGAGGAAUGUCUGAUGAUGGAUCAGUAUGUUUUGAUGGCAAACCAAUUUCACUAAACAGUUCAAGAGCCCUAAAUCCUCCUCCCAAUGGUAUUUGCCUUGAAAAAAUUGGAAAUGGUUCAUUCCUAAACAUGGUACCUCAUCCUGAUGGUUCAAAUCGCGUCUUCUUGGCCAACCAACAAGGUAAGAUUUGGUUGGCAACCAUUCCUGAAGAGGGUUCAGGAGAACAAUUGACACUCGAUGAAUCAAAACCUUUUCUUGAUUUAACUGAUGAAGUAUAUUAUGAUGCUGAAUUUGGAAUGAUGGGAUUAGCAUUUCAUCCAAAUUUUCAACAAAAUGGUCGGUUUUUUGUUUCUUUUAAUUGUGACAAGGUUAAAUGGACUCAAUGCUCAGGAAGAUGUUCAUGUAAUUCUGAUGUCGGAUGUGACCCUGCACAACUUGCUCCUGACAAUGGAGCACAGCCAUGCCAGUAUCAUAGUGUUAUUGCAGAGUUCACUGCCAAUGGUACAAUUUCACAACCUUCCUCGUUCACGACUAUCCACCCUGCAGAAGUAAGAAGAAUAUUUACAAUAGGUCUUCCAUUUACAUCCCAUCAUGGUGGUCAAAUACUCUUUGGACCCGAAGAUGGGUAUUUAUACUUUAUGAUGGGAGAUGGAGGAAAUGUUGGUGAUCCUUAUAACUUUGCACAAAACAAGAAAUCCUUGCUUGGAAAGAUUAUGAGACUGGACAUAGAUAACAUCCCCAGUGCACAAACAAUUGCUAACCUGGAUUUGUGGGGAAACUACUCUGUGCCUGGAGAUAAUCCGUAUAUUGAAGAUAAGGAUUUACAGCCUGAAAUUUGGGCCUUAGGAUUUAGAAAUCCUUGGAGAUGUAGUUUUGAUGCAGAGAGGUCUUCCUAUUUUCUAUGUGCAGAUGUCGGUCAGGAUCAGUUUGAAGAGGUGGACAUUGUUACUAAGGGUGGAAACUAUGGAUGGAGAAUCUAUGAGGGACGAUCUCUGUACAAUCCUCCAAGUUUUCCAGGAGGAAAUACAUCUGCUAGCUCCAUAAACCCGAUUUUUCCUGUAAUGGGAUACAACCACUCUGAUGUAAACAGGGUUGAAGGAUAUGCAUCAAUUACAGGCGGCUAUUUUUAUAGGUCAAUGACAGAUCCAUGCAUGUAUGGAAGAUAUCUGUAUGCAGAUUUAUAUGAGGGUGCAGUAUGGGCAGGAACAGAGAGCCCGGGAGACAGCGGAAACUUCACUAGCACAUCACUUCCUGUGAAAUGUACUAAUGACUCUCCGAUCCCAUGCACAAUUGCGGCAGGGAAUACUACUGCUACCCCUGCAUUAGGAUUCACAUUCUCUUUCGGUCAGGACAACAGAAAAGACGUUUACAUUUUAACAAGCAGCGGUGUGUACAGAAUUGCUCGACCGAGUCGCUGCAACUUCGUCUGCUCAAAGGAAAAUAUCACAGCUUCUCCUCCCAGUUCAGGUCCUUCCUCUCCUUCUUCACCAUCCGGUGCGGAACAACUUGGAAAUCCAUUAGCAGAGUUGCUGUUAUUCUUCUCCUUUUCAUUACUGCUUUACUUGAACAUCUAAGGGUAAGAUAUCAUAGUGAUUCUGAUUCAUUAUCAUUAUCAUUUCAACUGUUAGUAAUGUAUAUGUUUGAUCAUCUUGCUGUGGAAUAGUAGUCAUCUGACUCCAUGUGAUUUUCAGUAUGGAUAUAUGUAAAUAUUCAUGUUUUAGCCA